AUGAGCAUAAAUAAUUACACUUCAGUGACUGAAUUUAUGCUGCUGGGUUUAGCAGACACCUGGGAAAUCCAGAUUAUUCUCUUUGCAAUUUUCUCAGUGGUUUACACUCUUACAGUUCUGGGAAACCUUGGGAUGAUCCUUUUAAUAAAGAUUGAGUCCCACCUCCACACACCCAUGUAUUUCUUCCUGGCUAACCUGUCCUUUGUGGAUAUUUGUUAUUCAUCUACCAUCACCCCAAAGAUGCUGGUAGGUUUAUUAUCAGAGAAGAAAAUCAUUUCCUUUGCUGGCUGCUUCCUACAAAUGUACUUCUUCAUAGCCAUGGCCACAACAGAAUGCAUUCUCUUUGGGCUAAUGGCCUAUGACCGUUAUGUGGCCAUAUGCAACCCUCUGCUUUACUCCUUGACCAUGCCUCCCACAGUCUGCCUGAAAAUGGCAGCAGGAGCCUUUACAGCAGGACUGUUGAACUCCAUGGUUAUCACCAGUUACAUAAGCAGUUUGCCAUUCUGUGGCCCCAAUGUCAUCCACCACUUCUUCUGUGACGGUCCUCCACUUUUUAAGCUCUCGUGUUCUGACACACACCUGAGUGAAAGCAUUGUCUCCACUUUGGCUGGUGUGAAUAUAGUUGGGUCUCUGAUUGUCAUCCUCACUUCCUAUGCUUACAUUCUCUUCUCCAUUUUUCGGAUGCACUCAGGGGCAGGGAGACACAAAGCAUUGUCCACUUGUGCCUCUCACUUGACUGCUAUAAUUCUCUUCUAUUCCACCUCCAUCUAUACUUAUCUGAAACCUAGUUCCACCUAUGUAAACAAUCGGGACAAAGUGGCUUCAGUCUUCUACACAGUGGUGAUUCCCAUGUUGAACCCUCUCAUCUAUAGCCUCAGGAAUAAAGAAGUGAAGAUGGCUUUAAGAAAUGUCAUUACUAAGAAAAGGAUACUUUCAUUCCUUUGA